UUCAAUAUAUAUUUAUUAAAUUAAUUUCGUUCCACGCUAUUGCACGACAUUCUGGAAAUUAAGUCAACUAACCGGAAAUACUAGGUUUGAUAACCGUAGAACAACACACGUGCGACGUUUUAUCGUAAAGAAAAUAAAUAAAUAAACAAUGUCUAAUAGUGAUUCUGAAUCCAACUCUAGUCAUUCUGAAGGAGAGGAAGAAGAGGACGAAAAGGUUACCUUUAAAAGUCUUGGUAUUGUUGAUGUUUUGUGUGAUGCUUGCGAACAGUUAAAAUGGAAAACUCCGACAAAAAUUCAAAGGGAAGCUAUACCAGUGGCUUUAACAGGUAAAGAUAUAAUUGGUUUAGCAGAAACAGGUUCCGGGAAGACUGGAGCUUUUGCAUUACCUAUUCUACAAGCUUUAUUAGAUAGUCCACAGCGUCUGUUUGCUCUUAUGCUAACACCAACAAGAGAGUUAGCUUUUCAAAUAUCAGAACAAGUCUGUGCUUUAGGGACAUCAAUUGGGGUCAAAACUGCUGUGAUAGUGGGUGGAAUGGAUAACAUGAGUCAAGCUUUAAUGUUAGCAAAGAAACCUCACAUUAUUGUUGCCACACCUGGUAGACUUAUCGAUCAUUUAGAAAAUACAAAAGGCUUUUCACUUAGUUCUCUGAAAUACUUGGUAAUGGAUGAAGCUGACAGAAUAUUGAACAUGGAUUUUGGAAAAGAGAUUGAUAAGAUAUUAAAAUUAAUUCCAAGACAAAGAAAAACAUAUUUAUAUUCUGCUACAAUGACACAGAAGGUAAAUAAGUUACAGAGAGCAUCAUUAUGUGAUCCUGUUAAAGUACAAGUUUCUAGUAAAUAUCAAACAGUAGAUAAACUACAACAGUUCUAUAUAUUUAUACCUGUUAGAUAUAAAGAUGUAUAUCUGGUAUCUAUAUUAAAUGAACUAGCUGGAAAUAGUUUUAUGAUAUUCUGUAGUACAUGUGCCAACACACAGAGAGUUUCUCUUUUAUUACGUAAUCUGGGUUUUACAGCUGUUCCACUUAACGGACAGAUGAAUCAGUCUAAAAGAUUGGGUGCUCUCAACAAAUUUAAAAGUAAAAGUAGAUCAAUUAUUUUAGCUACUGAUGUGGCCAGCAGAGGUUUGGACAUACCCCAUGUAGAUGUUGUGAUAAAUUUUGAUAUACCUACUCAUUCUAAAGAUUAUAUACACAGAGUGGGUAGAACAGCCAGAGCUGGUAGAUCAGGCAAAGCUAUUACAUUUGUUACACAAUAUGAUGUCGAGUUAUAUCAGAGAAUAGAACAUUUAAUAGGUAAAAAAUUACCACUAUAUAAAACAGAAGAAGAGGAAGUGAUGGUAUUAAUGGAAAGAGUAUCUGAAGCACAGAGAUUAGCUAAACUGGAUAUGGCAGACUUGGGUAAAAAGAGAAAAGGUAAUAAAGGAGAUAUCGAUGAUACAGAAGACUCUAUGGGGGUUCGCAAACAGAUGAAAAAGAAGAAGCGAAAAUAAAAUGAUGUGAUUUGUUAUGUAAAUAAAUGUGUACAUACUACA